CAUCAGUGCUUCCUGGCAUUUGUGUCGAAUGAUCACGCGUACCCUGAUAUAUUCUUUGUGCCCACACUGGAACGAUUCGCUGACCCAACUGAUGACCACGUUCCUGCUGCUCAGGUGAACCGCGUGAAGUUUGCUGUUAAGAAUCUUGAAUCUUUGAUACGCCACUCUCACUGGACGAGUGGAAACGCAUCAGCACUUCCAAUUCAAUUGGUUUCUGUAUUGAAGGUAACAAGAGGGCAUGAAGAUGAGGUUGAAAAGGCGCCGAACGGACUACUUGAUGUGUACACACGGAUUUCAUGGAGGGAUUGUCCUCUUCGCUUUCCUGUUGUUAAUAAUUGUAGUGGUGAUAAACGUUUAAGUGAUACAGGAUUGAAUUGUCUGCCUCCACCACGUCGUCUCUCUGCAUUGUCAGGUGAUUUGGGUAUUAAGUUACAAUCGGGAUUUCCAGGGGAGGCGUAUUGA